UCAAAGAGUUUAAUCUUGUAAAUUUUCUAAAAUGAGUUAUUUUAAAGAAAUGAUAGAGAAUAAGACACGUGAGGUAUUGAAUUGCUCUUACAUACAUCACAAAGAUUUAGAAUUAUUCCAUUUUAUAAGUUAUAUCUACAUCACUUUUAAUAUCGAAAUUGUGCUUGUCUUUUGAAAAAACAAGAGAUAGUCUUUCGCGAUAUAAAUGCCGAUGUGAUAACUGCCUUGGACAAAAUUACCGGCUGGGAUUGAUGGAAAUAAUUAAUAAUAAAUUAUCCAGUAACGCUAAUUGUCAAGAUAAUCGUUAAUACUUUCGUAAUAUAAAAUUAAAAUGGGAAACGCCAGCUCUGCGCAAUCUUCUAAGACUCAGAAAGAUAGUAAGAAGGAAAAUCACGGCUGCGCAGAUACUAGAAAAGACCGACGACUCGGAAAUGGCAAAGCGGUUGGCCAAAAUUCACGUGACAAGCAUGAUAUCCGAACGACGAAUCCCUUCCUCAUCUUCUUCCUGAGAUUGCGUAGCAAGAAACCAAAGGAGCACGUCACCGUGAUAGCGCGAGCUGCGGGCAAACUGUGGGCCCGGAUGACUCCUGAACAACGGAAGAAGUACGUAGACCUCGCCAACGAGGAAAAGAGACGACGCCAAGAGAGAAAACAUAAGAGGAAGCGUUUGUCCACACGUUCGAGGUAAUAAAAAAAAAGUAAGUGAAGGGAUUGAAAUGAAAGCCCGAGGGACCAAGUUCAUUAUUAAAAAAUGCAUAUUUCUCAUAUUUUCCGAAUUAUAUGAAUUUAAUAAUUCCUCCUUUCUCUUUUCGAGCAAGAUAGAGCGUGAUCGCAAUUUUUAUAUGCAGGAUGAAGUAGCGAAAGACUUUCCGGAGGCUCCAUAUACGGUGAUGAAUAUCUGGAGAGGAUUAAAAUGCGAUUACAUAUUUUUGAUUUCUUUUUUAUUUGUUAGUAGUCUUUUUUUUAGAUCUAUGUACAAUAAAUAUUGAUGUAUUUUUAUACAUUAUUAAUUAUAUCUUAUCAUUCAGUUAAGCCUAAACUAGGCGAUCUGCCAUUUUCUUCCGUCUCGCGUUUUUUUUUCGCGUUCUCUCGUCUGAAAAAAUUAAACUCGUAACGCUUCGUACCAUAAAUAUAUUAUUUUUUUUGUUGACGUGUUGACAGUUCCGCGAAGCGUCGCCCAACGAUGGAAGGGACGGAAAGGGACAAAGGAUGAAAGGGAGGGGAAAUUACGCAUAUUUCAGGGUGAUAUAUAUUUACGAGGGUAACGUGAAUAUAUACGUAUGUACGUUACCGUUACACUUUCCUUCGCCUUGAAAGAAAGGACCGCUUUCUCUCUCUCUUUCGAUACAAAAAAUAAUUUCAACGCGAAUCUCGGGACGCUUCGUGGAAGAGUCUGAUUUGCGCGCUUUCUCUCUUCUCUUUCUCUCUCUCUCUCUCUCUCUCACACAAUGAUAGAUAAUAAAAACAUACUAUAAUGAAUACCGAAUGUGAAUGCGUGUGAUAUCGUAUAUGCGACAAUUAAAAUAUAACGCACAAUGUGUGUGAUUACGUUUCAUUAUGUCUAUAUGUGUGUGUGAGUGUAUCUGUAUGUACGCUUUUCAUUAUAAUUGUCAUAAUAGUAUAAUGAGAUUAUUGAUUAAUAAUAAUAAUAUAAUAAUAAUAAUAAUAAUAAUAAUAAUAUUAACAGUUGAUAAAAAUUAUGCGAACGAUGGCGCUGAUGAUGAUCUCGAGAUUGAUGGAUUUUUAUACCGAUAAAAUGACGUCGGCGACAAUGAAUUAAUCGAUUUCCGUAAUAAUACAAUGAGGAUUAUCAUAGCGAUACGUAGUUACUUAUUUUUUUCUUUAUGAUACAGUAAAGUACAAGUGUGCCAAAUAAACA